AUGUCGGUUCUCUUCGCAAUCGGCUCCAACGGUUCCGGUCAGCUCGGCAUCGGCCACAAGGAAGAUGUCUCCGUCCCCAAGCAGGUCAUCUUCUUCCCAGACCAUCCCGACUCUCCUGUGGCCAAGAUAGCGGCGGGCGGAAAUCAUACGCUGCUUCUCACACAAACCGGGGAGCUUUAUUGGAGCGGAGACGCCACGAGCGGAGCUUGUGGUCUAACGUCCACUGCAGAGACCAAUGAGCCAGUCUUCCAGCGAGUCCAGCUGAGCAAGGAAGGGCAGGAGAGCGCCUCGGGCACGACAGACUUGAUCGCUGCGACUUGGGAGGCUUCGUUCGUCGUUCAAAAGGAUGGCGAGGGGAAAAUGACGAAGAUGUACAGCUUCGGUGCUGGACAGAAGGGUGAGCUGGGUCUUGGCGAACUGCUUGUCCGUUCCCCGUCUGCCACCCUCUUCAAGGAGUUCCCGCCAGCUGGAACUGAGGUUGUAGACGUGGCGGCUUGUAUGGGUCACGUCGUAGCGGUUCUUAGCAACGGCGACGCUUAUGCAUGGGGCAAUAUUCGCAAGGGUCAGGGUGGAAGCCCCGAGGCUGUCGUUCACUCGCCACGAAAGAUUGAAGGCGUCGACUUCAAGGUUGCCAGAGCUGUUUGUGGAAAGGACUUUACGUGUUUGUUCGGAGCCCCAGAGACAGGCAAGCUACAGGUUAUGGGAUCCGAUAAGUGGAAUAUUCAAUCCUCCGCCCCAGAGUCUGUGCCCGAAUGGACGGAUGUUGGCGCCAGCUGGGGCAACGUCUACGUCUUGACGAAGGAGGGUCAGCUUCUUGCAUGGGGAAGAAACGACCAUGGACAGCUGCCGCCCCCGAACCUACCCAAGCUAUCCAAAAUCGCUAUUGGCAGCGAGCACGUCAUCGCGUUCACAGAAAAGGGCGACGUGUUCGCCUGGGGGUGGGGUGAGCACGGCAAUUGCGGUCCACAGGUCGAAAACAACGACGUCAAGGGACGGUGGAAUGUCAUUGCAUCAUCAAGGUUCAUCCCGCCUGGUUCACAGAUUGCGGCUAUUGGCGCAGGUUGUGCGACUAGCUGGGUGACCAUCAUCACCGGUUGA